AACUUCUCGGAAAAAAGCGAAGCUCGAACGGCCAACUUCGCGAUCGCGUGCGCGCGAAAGGUUCGCUGGUCAAAUAGCCGAAAUCGGCGGUGGGAAAAUUUUUCGUGUCGCGCAAAGGACUGAGUACCGUUGAUGCCUCACCAUGCGGAAAGCGGCUCGAGUUGAGGGCCGCGCGGAGAAGCGUCGCUGACGCGAUGUUCGCUAGUACAGCGCCGAGCGGCGGUCGCUACCUAACCUUGAACCUGCUGCCGCAAUCCGUGCUCGAGGGCGCGUUCGCCCUCGCCCUCGUCGUCCUGCUGGCCGUGCCCCUCGUCGCUCGGAUCCACCGUCUGCUCGAGGACGCGCCGAAAGACUCCAGAGAUGUUCGCGGCAUCGCCGACGAUCGCAGUCCGGGGAUGCACGGCCUCGACGCUAUUCCGUCCGACACGAGCCUGCGUUUCGACUUACACGAAUCCGAGGCGAAGGACGCGGAGAAAAUGCGACGCGCGGAGUCUCGGGACGACGACGCGCGCGUUUUCGACUACCGGGCCUACAGGCAUCGGCUCAUGGAGGAAGUGCUCAUGAAGUACUACGCCGAGCGCCAACCCCCCGGGCAGGUUGUCAUGAACUCGAUUCACCUCAAUGCCCAGGACGACUCCAACUUUCAUUCAAAGGGCCGCGAUCUGUUCGGGUUUAUCGACGACGUCGACGAGCCGUCCGGCCGCAAGAACGCGAGCUACGUCCAUCCAUUGGACCACUUCCUGGUGAAGGGUCCGCAGCGGGCGACCACGGAGGAAAAGUCCAUCGAGACCAGGAGCCCGUCGCUCUGGUCCAUCCCGGACAUGAUCUCGGACGCCCGGCUAAGCAGCGUCAAGAACGAGGGUGAGCUCGUCGUCUCGCUUCCCAGGACAUCCCAGCACCACAGGAACCACCUGGAGACGCUCACCAGAGCCGAUCAUCACGGAAGGUACGAGGCGGAGGAGCGACCGAAGACCGUGGCCAGCCGUUUGCCGACCAAGCCGCUGGAAUCCAAGGGUCAGCAGAAGCCGCACUACAGGAUGCAGCCCGCUGAAAUUUUGCGCAUAGAUCGCGAGGACUGCAGCUCACGGCCCCUGACCGCCGGCGAAAGCUCGAGCGACCUGGGCAGCUCGCUGUACGACACCGUCGAUUCGAGGCGUCGUCGAGGCCGAGGAGAUGACCCCAAGAACCUCAAGCGGCCCUGGCUGGUCUCGUCCCAUCCGGAGUCUUACAAUCGCAAGUACGGCAAGCAGCUGCGCGAAUCCCUGUUCGAUGCGCGCUGGCGCCUCCGCCAGUCCUCGCCGCGCCAGAGUAACGCCACCGCAGCCAACUGCAGUAGCACAGCUUCGCUGCUGUCGGCCGUCAGCCGGAGCCCCAGUCCGAGCUCGGACUCCAGAGCCCCAGCGCCGCCGACUUGCCAGCAGAAGGGCUCCGAGGUGCUGCAGAAGGUCACGCUGCUGAGCUCCAGCCUCGAGCAGAGCGACAGGCGGGAGAGGAGCAAGCUUGGUCUGCCGGAGGCGCAAGAGGGCAACGAGUUCUCGAAAUCCCAAGCUCCGGCCGCCUCGGUCGCCUCGAUAGCGAGCAGUCCCGGCACGCCUCGGCGCAGGGUCUCGCGGCUGCCCCUCCACAUAAACUCGAAGAAACCCAUCGCGAGCAAGCUGUCGCCGAGCGAGACCGAGGGCCGGGCCAAGUCCGAGGACCAGCGUCCCCAAGCGAUUAGCUCCUCGAGCGAGCGACCGAAGACUACGAGCGGCGCCGUCGGCAGAACUGCAGCCUCGAAGCCGCGAAAGCUCGCGGUCAGCGGGGAGAAGAGGCCCAAGACGUCCGACUACAGCGCCGAGGCGCCAAAGACGCAGAAGCCCGAGGACGAGGCUGGGAAAAAGCCGGUCAGCUGGAGCGUCACCCUCGCGACCAAAAGCAUCAAGCGGAAGCCGAGGAGCAGCGCGAAUGGCAAUGAAAGUGAUGCCUCCCGCAAGGACGACCCGUCGGCUCAGCGGGCUCGACCGCGAGCACGUUCCUCGCGCAAGAACGCUGGCCGCGGCGCAGGGGAGAACGCGCGGGUGAAGGUCGCGGUGAACCGGGGCCUCAAGACCUACAUCGAGAAGCUCAAGAUCGUGCUGUCCGAGCAGCAGCAGCAGCAGCAGCAGAACAGGGGCCGCGCUCAAGUCGAGUCGGCUGAACUGGCCGGACUGAGUCUCGUGGAGGCCGUCACCGCGGAGAUCGAGGCGAACCUGAGCGCAGGCGAGAUACACGAGCUCAGGGACAUACUGCAGUCCGCCGAGAGGAAGAUCACCCUGGGAACGACGAGUAAAUGCUGAGAUCGAUUGUCCGAGAGGGAUCAUUUGAGAGUCAAAAUUCAUGGUAUCGGUUGUAUUAAAUAGAAGUCGUGGGAGAAUAAAUUAAGCGUAAAGUUUACGCUGAUUUUCCGCGUG